GGCUUAAUAUGCGGAAAAUGCCAUUUCCAGGAGUAAACUGUUGCUUGACAAGUGUUUAUUUAAAUAAAAUGAAUUUGGCUUACCUUUUCCUGUUUUCUGUGGCACUGAUUGCCACUACAGACGCUGGAUAUGUAAACCCUUCAUUAAUUUCUAAGGUUAGAAACAAUGGAGCACAGGACAUCAUCAUUGAACUUUCUCCAGUUAUUGAGCAAGUUGAAAUCAGGUUACGAGGACUUACCGGUGACGCCAGAGUCACUGCUCUCGUUACAAACUUAAAACACCUCAUUUCAGUGGCUCAAGCACCAUAUUUGAAACUUGCAUCAAAUCUUGGUCUCGAAUUCACAUCCUUUUGGGCCACUAAUGUUAUCCUUUUGAAACACGUUGAUCUAAAUACCUUGAGCGAAUUUACCAGGAUGACGGGAGAAUUUCAGUUGAGAGAACAGCACACCGUUUCAGUUCCAGCAGUCCGGGAAAUGUCGACAUUGUCAGUCGACCAAGGAGUGCAAUGGGGGGUCGAGAAGGUCAGAGCACCAGAGGCUUGGGGGGUUACCCAGGGCGAGAAUGUAGCCGUAGGUUCGAUCGAUACUGGGGUGAACUUGGCUCACGAAGCAUUUGUAAAUAAUUUCGCUGGAGCGUGGCGAGACCCAUUUUAUAACUCCUCCACGCCCAACGAUGUGCAAGGUCAUGGCAGUCACACUCUCGGAGUAAUUGUUGGACAAACUAACGGUAUCGGGGUAGCUCCAGGUGCCAAGUGGGUAGCAUGUCGUGGGUUGAAUAAUCAAGGGUCCGGAACAGAGGCAACAUUAACUGACUGCGCCCAGUGGAUGAUUGUGGCUGAACCUCGUCCUCACAUUGUCAACAAUGCAUGGGGCGGUGGUUCAGGGUCAACUUGGUUCGAUCCUUUAGUCGCAGCAUGGAAGGAGGCUGGAAUCAUUCCUGUUUUUGCCAGUGGGGGGAGUGGUCCAAGUUGUAGCAGCAUCGGUUCACCUGGGGACCACUCGGAUGUAAUCGCUGUUGGACGCACCAAUCCCAAUGAUGAACUUGUUUUGGGGUCUGGGAGAGGACCGUCCUUCGCAGGACAGAUUAAACCUGAUUUAGUGGCACCAGCAUUAAAUAUCGUGUCCGCUGGACCUGGAAAUAACAACUAUGUGACCAUGUCAGGGUCAUCUUCGGGUUCAUUUGUAUCUGGUGCUGCGGCGUUAGUUAUAAGUGCUAAUCCUGGGAUUUCGGCAGAUGAAGUUGUCGGAAUUUUGAGAAACUCUGCCUUUCGUCCUCCAAUCUCCAGCCCGGAUGAUUAUUGCGGCCCAGGACCAGAUUCUUACCCUAAUAAUGGAUACGGGUAUGGCCGAGUCGAUGCAGCGUCUGCUGUAGGCAUAAAUUGAUGAACUCUGAAUUCACCCAUUCAAAAUAUGUUGUUGGUAUAAUGCACUUAACUUAUUAUCUGCAUGCAAUGGUGAUAUGUAGGAUAAUGAUAUUAAUAAAUAAAAAAUUUGCUUCUGAAAUC